GCUGAGCAGUCAAGUUGGUGUAUCAAUCCCUUUGUGUCUGGUUGUGGCUUUCUAACAGUCCCUGUCUCUGCGUGUUGGAGUCCUGCUCUUUGUCUUGUGAGAAAGACUCUCCGCGGCAGCAGCAAUCAAGCAAUUUCAGUGCCUGAGGCGUCUGACAACCAGAUCCAGAAUGCUGAAACCAGAAUGGAUCCUCCAGGUCAUCUGAGACAGUGUCAGUGUGUCCUCCCUGCUCUCCCUCCUUUGUGGUCCUCUCGUCCCCGAGCCUCGUACCACGGGGAACCGUCUGCCUCCUCCUGUCCUGGCAGCAGCCCCCCUGUAACGGCGUAGAGGUGGAUUAGCGACCCUGUAAAUAUGCCUGGAUGGAGGUCUCAGUGCCGUCUCGUCCUGCUGAACUCCCUGACCUGCGGCCUGGAGAUCUGCGUGGCAGCUGGGAUCACAUACGUGCCCCCCCUGCUGCUGGAGGCUGGGGUAGAGGAGCAAUACAUGACCAUGGUGCUAGGUAUCGGCCCAGUGUUAGGUCUCAUCUUCAUCCCUGUGAUUGGCUCAGCCAGUGACCACUGCAACAGCAGCUAUGGCCGCCGUCGGCCCUUCAUCUGGCUGCUGUCCCUGGGUGUCCUCCUAGCCCUCCUCAUCAUCCCCCAUGCCGACCUGCUGGCUGCCUACUUCACCUGGGGCGGACGCACCCUAGAAGUGGCCUUCCUCAUCCUCGGUGUGGGCCUGCUUGACUUCUGUGGCCAGGUGUGCUUCACGCCUCUAGAGGCGCUCCUCUCGGACCUGUACCGCGACGAGGAGGACUGCAACCAGGCCUUCGCCAUGUUCUCCUUUAUGGUUAGCCUCGGGGGCUGUGUGGGCUACCUGCUGCCUGCGCUGGACUGGAGCCGGGGCCUGCUGUCCGUCUACCUGGGCGGCCAGGCAGAGUGCCUCUUCUUCAUGCUCAUCCUCAUCUUCGUGAUCAGCGUGCUGAUCACCAUGAAGGUGUCGGAGGAGCCACCGUGUGCUGGUGUGGCGGCCCUGGAGCCAGCUCCUCUCCUGGAGGCGGGCCGCUGCGGCAUUCCACGCUCCUGCUGCUACCUGCUCAAAUGCAAAUUGCGGCUGCUCAAGUCGGGGCCGCUGCUGUGCCUGCUGAGGACGUUCUGGUCCAUGACGCCAGCCAUCUACCGCAGCUACUGCCACGUGCCCCAGGUAAUGAGGCAGCUGUGCGUGGCCCAGCUCUGCAGCUGGAUGGCCGUCAUGUCCUUUAUGCUCUUCUACACAGACUUUGUGGGGGAGGGGCUGUACGAGGGCGUGCCCAGUGCCGCUCCCGGAACCGCCUCCAGGCAGCGCUACGACGACGGCAUCCGUAUGGGCAGCCUGGGCCUGUUCCUGCAGUGUGCUACCUCUACUGUCUUCUCCCUGCUCAUGAGCCGACUGGUCCGCCAUUUUGGCUCGCGCCGGGUCUACCUGAGCAGCAUGGUGAGCUUCACCAUCUCUGCCCUGGUCAUCUGUAUGUCCAAGAGUGUGGUCCUGGUCACCGUGAUGUCGGCUCUGACCGGCUUUGCCUAUGCCACGCUGCAGACGCUGCCGUACACCCUCACCUGCCACUACCACAAGGAAAUGGAGGUUUACAUGCCAAAAAAGAAAACAAAAAACUUGCUUAAGUACGGGAUUGUGAUCAUGCAGGACUCGAUCACGCAUUUGACACCCGUGGCUGAGGAGGGGGGACUGGCCCACAAACUGGGGGGCAACAACGGGCAUGCCUUCUUCAGCCAAGACGGUUCAGACUACUACCCCCCUCCCCACGGCCAGAAUGGGUCGUCCCACAAAGCCACGGGCCCCGAGCAGGAUGAGCCAGAGGGCUACGAGAAGCGCGGCGUAGGGUUGGACUUUGCCAUCCUGGAUAGCACCUUCCUCCUCUCUCAGGUCUUUCCCACUCUCUUCAUGGGCAUGAUCGUUCAGUUCACAAAGUCUGUCACUGCCUAUAUGGCCUCCUCCGCCAUCUUUGGCAUCAUCGCCAUCUAUCUGGCCAACCACAUCAUCUUUGACCAAAAGGACCUCAAGAGCUGAAAGAACCAGGAACCAAGAGUGAAGGAAUGCACCCCUGGCUGCACUACCACUCCCUGCGCUUGCAACGCUCCAGUGUCUUCGCUGACCGUUGCCAUGGCAUUACCAAUGGAUUGCAAUGAGGCAGCCCGUUUAUACGUUUGUGUGUAUGUGUGCGGCAGGAAUGAAAGGAAAAUG